GCCGCUUUCCUCGCCGCCCCGAUGGCGUUCCGGGCCCGGGGCUGGAGGCCACCGCCGCCGCCACUGCUCCUGCUGCUGCUCUGGGUGACCGGGCAGGCAGCGCCCGUGGCGGGCCUGGGCUCCGAUGCGGAGCUACAGAUCGAGCGGCGCUUCGUGCCCGACGAGUGUCCGCGCACAGUGCGCAGCGGCGACUUCGUGCGCUACCACUACGUGGGGACGUUCCCCGACGGCCAGAAGUUCGACUCCAGCUAUGACAGAGACUCCACUUUCAACGUGUUUGUGGGAAAAGGACAGCUGAUCGCAGGGAUGGACCAGGCUCUUGUUGGGAUGUGUGUAAACGAGAGACGUUUCGUGAAGAUUCCCCCAAAGCUUGCCUAUGGAAGUGAAGGAGUUUCUGGCGUGAUCCCCCCCAAUUCAGUGCUUCAUUUUGAUGUACUUCUGAUGGAUAUUUGGAAUUCUGAAGACCAGGUUCAGAUUCACACCUAUUUCAAGCCCCCGAGUUGCCCUCGGACCAUCCAAGUGUCUGAUUUUGUGAGGUACCACUACAAUGGGACGUUCCUGGAUGGGACUCUGUUUGAUUCGAGUCACAAUCGCAUGAAAACAUAUGACACAUAUGUGGGAAUUGGCUGGCUGAUUCCUGGAAUGGACAAAGGGCUGUUGGGGAUGUGUGUGGGUGAGAAGCGCAUCAUCACCAUUCCUCCUUUUCUGGCCUAUGGAGAGGAUGGAGAUGGGAAAGACAUUCCCGGACAGGCAUCUCUGGUGUUUGAUGUUGCACUAUUAGACCUCCAUAACCCCAAGGACAGCAUUUCCAUUGAGAACAAGGUAGUACCUAAAAACUGUGAGCGGAUAAGUCAAAGCGGGGACUUUCUCAGGUAUCAUUACAAUGGCACACUUCUGGAUGGCACCCUCUUUGAUUCCAGCUACUCUCGGAACCGCACCUUUGACACGUACAUUGGGCAGGGCUAUGUGAUUCCUGGGAUGGAUGAAGGUCUACUCGGUGUUUGCAUCGGAGAGAAGCGAAGGAUUGUGGUCCCCCCUCACCUGGGCUAUGGAGAGGAAGGAAGAGGGAAUAUCCCCGGCUCAGCUGUGCUGGUGUUCGACAUCCACGUGAUUGACUUCCACAACCCUUCAGACUCGAUCAGCAUCACCUCCCACUACAAACCCCCUGACUGCUCAGUGCUGAGUAAGAAGGGAGAUUACCUCAAGUAUCACUACAACGCCUCACUUCUGGAUGGGACCCUGCUGGACUCCACGUGGAAUUUAGGCAAAACUUACAAUAUUGUUUUGGGAUCUGGACAAGUUGUACUGGGAAUGGACAUGGGUCUCAGAGAGAUGUGUGUUGGCGAGAAACGGACAGUCAUCAUUCCACCCCACCUGGGCUAUGGGGAGGCUGGCGUGGAUGGAGAAGUGCCUGGCAGUGCUGUGUUGGUGUUUGACAUUGAGCUGCUGGAGCUGGUGGCCGGCCUGCCCGAGGGGUACAUGUUCAUAUGGAAUGGUGAGGUAUCACCCAACCUCUUUGAAGAAAUUGACAAGGAUGGCAAUGGAGAAGUCCUCCUGGAAGAGUUCUCAGAGUACAUUCAUGCCCAGGUGGCAUCUGGCAAAGGGAAACUCGCUCCUGGCUUUGAUGCUGAGCUGAUCGUGAAGAAUAUGUUCACCAACCAGGACCGGAAUGGAGACGGGAAGGUCAUAGCCGAGGAAUUUAAACUCAAAGAUCAGGAAGCCAAACACGAUGAACUCUAAACCUGGCAUGAAUCAGAUGGUGCCAGGGAGUACGUGACACCAAGCCACCUGUCGUGGCAGAAUGUGCAGUGAGGGUGCGAGAGUCUCUCAGAAGGUGCAUCAUUAGCCAGUAGUAGGUUGGUCACAUAGUACCUGGUGUACACAUCGGGGUGGGUUGAUAUAUGGGUGAGAAGUUUAGGCUGAUUGCCAGUGAUAGUAAACAAAAGCUGUUCAGGGGGUCUCGGCAUGGGAUGUGUCCAGUAUUGAAAAGAUUGCACUGCCAACCAUGAUUUGUGAGCCUUCUAGGAAAUUUUGUUACUAAAGGGAUAUAGUGCCACACAGAAGUUAUAACCAUCUGGGAGGAACCAUAAGAAAAAGUGUCCAGGGUACCUACAUAAAGAGGGUUAACAUUUUUUAACUUGCUGGUUAAAACCUUUUAGAAAUAUUCUUGAGAUGGGCAGGAAAGGCAGAGGGCUUGUUUGCCCCAGCAGGGUUCCCAGAAGACAGCUGUGGUUCUUCCUAGCGGCCUGUGUAAGCUCUGAUGAUGCUCCCCGCCACACACACAUGCAUAUCAUGCUUUUCCAGCUCACCACACCCCGCCGCACUGUGGGGCCUCCCAUUAAUAGUGUGUAACUUGGAAGUUAAAAGAGCCUUCUGGACAGAAAACUGGGCCAGGAAAAGGCAUCUCAGACCACAAAUAGAGAAUUUGAUUUUGCGUUUGCCACAUAAGGUCAUCUGCUUAGCUUUAUCUUAUUCCCACCUUUCUAUCCCAUAGAACACUUUUUUUUUAUCCAUACUAAUUAGAUAAAUAGGGCUGGGGGCUGGGCUCCGCUGGUCACUCAACAGAGUAUUUUCCUUGUCCGAGAUGGAAGUUUCGUUCCAAUAGAUGAGCUGCUGAGUAUCCACAAGGUGACAUUUUCCUGCUGCCCAUUUGUGUCCUGGAGAGAGUGGUGCCCCAAAGGCAGAGGCCAGCUGCCAAAGACAGGAAUGACAGUCCACCUGCCGGCCCGAUUCCUGCAUCAUGCAAUAACCACAUGGCUACCUUCUGUCCUCUGUUUCCAAGUGGUGGUGGCACUUACUCUGAAGUUGUCAAUGAUUUCCCUUUGAAACUACUUUUUUACUAAUUUAAACUAUUUUGUACUGAUUUAGCCCUGAGAUAAUUCGUGAAAAUGCUGUGCACUCAUUCAAUGGAAUAAAUGUUGGAAAGCUGAUCUUUUCUGAUAUAAAAUGUUGAAUUAUA